ACGUGAAACAUUCGCAUCGAGAGAGAGAUCCGACAACGCCGCAAACGAAAUUGAAAUUUUGGUACGUUACGUCAGGCGGUGGGUCGGUCGGUCGGUUGGUUGUCGGUCGGUUGAUGCAGCCAGCAAGCAGCGUUUAAUUUUUGGCGCCGUUUUUUUGUUUUAUUGUUGUUGUACGCGCUGCUUAAGACGCUAGAACGGCUUAUGUUUUCAAAUAUUAUUUUUGAAAAAACGUGAAACGACUUGUGAAAGCAGAAGAACGAAAGGCAAUAGCAAUACAGUUUUUAAAGUUCUGACAGCAGCAAAAGCAACAACAAUAGCAACAGUGACAAGCAGUGCUUCGGUUGCCGUUAUUAUCAACAACUGCAGUUUAAAAAUUUCAUAAUUAACAGCUAACGGCUACAGAAACAACAACAGCAACAAUUGCAAUAGCAACAACGAAUAUGACCACCUCAACGCGCAGCAACACAACUGCAACCAACGAAAGCAACAAAAAUAACAACAGCAACAACAGAAACCACCAACAACAACAGCAGCUGCAGCAGCAGCAGGAACAACAACUUCAAAGCGAGUCAACAGUAACAGUCGCUUUACAUAACAGCAACAGCACAACUCCAGCAGCAUCAGCAACAACAACAAUGGCCACCACACAAAUAGCAGCAGCAGCAGCAGUAACAGGAACAACAACAAUUGCGAGUCGUGUCAUGCAAGCCGAUGAGGAUUUCAACAUACGUUUCGUGAAUCUGGUGCGCACGCACAAAUGUCUAUACGACAAAAAAGUUCCCGAGUACCGCAACAGAGACAAUCAGGAGAAAGCUUGGGUGCUCAUAUCAAAGGAAACGCGUGAGAGCGUUAUACAUUGCAAGGAACGUUGGCGGAACCUACGCGCCUGCCUCUCCCGCUAUAUUAAGCAGCAGAGCGGCUCGGAACCGCAACAUAAACCCUAUUAUCUGACCGAACAUAUGGCAUUUCUACUGCCCUUCCUAAAGUCCACGCGCAACUCGCUGGAGGGCAACAACAAUCUGGCCACACUCUAUCAGUUUUCGCAGCAACAACAACAACAGCAGCAAGAACAAAAUUUUUACUACAACAACAACAAUAACCACAAUGGUAUCGACACCAAGCUGGAACUGAAGCAAUCGCUAUCGGAGAACGACGAUGAGGAGACCAUCGACGCAUUCGAUCCUGCCAUAGCCGCUAGUCUGGGCUUGCAACGUGUGGGUUGCAAUAUAAUUGCCUCCACGCCCUGCGCCAAUGUGGCAGCUGCUGCUGCUGCCGCCGCCGCCACUGCAGCCGCCGGCGGUGGUGCUACUUCUCCUGCGCUCAGCGACACAGCCAGCGCGAACACGAUGCAAAAUUUCAUACCCGAUGUACAGCUGGCGGAGUCCGGACAGGAUUUGAUUUAUGAAUCGCCGAUGCACCAUCAUCAUCACCACUUCGAGCAGAGUGGUGUGAAGCGCAUCAAGACAGAAUGCGAAGCCACCACAACCACCUCCAGUGGCUAUUAUGCUGGCGGCCUCACAGGCAGCGAACACACGGACAUGGAGUUCUUUCGUAGCAUUUUGCCGGACAUUGCCGCAUUAACUCCGCAGCAGCGAAGAAAAUUUAAAAUUGGAAUACUGGAGCUGAUCGAUGAUGUGGUUGAGCGCUAUCCGGCGCCGCAGGAGCGUUACAAUGGCACCUUAAAUGGCAGCGGUGGCAGCAGCAGUGCCGGUGGUGGUGGUAGUGGUGGCGGCACCAGCAUUCGGCAACAACGUCGCAGUCUGGGCAGAGAGUGGCGCAAGUGAGCCGCCAACAAGUCAUAAAUUAAGGGAAUAUUACCUAUGACCUUACGGCACUAGACUAAAAACUAGACUUGAAGGUCUUCAGUUCGCUUCAAUUUUGUAUUUUCUCGUACUUCUCGUUUCCAUCGUUUUUAUUUUAGUCUAGUGUCGUAGGACCAUUAUCAUAUUUCAAUGAGCCAUACGUCCCAUUUGUAUAACCCCAUACUUAAAGCUCGGUUGUGAUGCUCUAGUUUGCCACGCUCACUAUAUUUGAUCGUUUCCCUCUUUUUGUCAUUUCAUUAAUUUCGCUGCUGGCCCUAUGAGUUGAGCGCUCAACUUAGGUUUACAAAUUUAGGCUAAACAAAUGAUUAUCCUUGGAAAUGAUUCAGUGCUAAUUGUUAACACGGUUGCCACUAAUUUACUAAUUCCCAACAAAUUCCCACCAAAAAAAUGCAGCAUAAUAUAAAUAAUGAAUAUUUCUAAAUAGGCUAUGGGUCAGAUAGCCAAAUUAUUUGCACAAAAACGACUUUCAACCAACUUGAGUAACUGUUUUACACACUACUUUCUUUUUAAAUUUAAAUUUUCCUGUAAAACUGUAGGAGCCUGUGAGACAAAUCAUCUGUCUGUGGGACCACACCUUAAUUAUUUGCGUUAAAACCACAAUUUUUUGUAUCGUUAACUAACUACCAAUAUACAGAACUAAACCAAUUUUUGAAAUCCAUCUCGCACUUGCGAAACUAUCAAAGUUUGUGUGCAAAUAAUUUGUCUGUCUGACCACAACUUAUAUUUAGAUAAAUAUUUCCAAAAAUAUGUUUUCAAAAUUACUUUUGUACAACAACUUAGGCUUGAGGGAAUUGAUUUUUUUAAAAUCGUAUUUGUAAAGUUGCAGGAGUUUGUGUGCAAAUAAUAUGUCUGAUUGAUCGCGGCUCAAGUAAAGAUACAAUUGUUUUUAGCUUUGGCUGCAAUAAUACUUUUCUAUAACAUUAAACAGCUUUGUAAUCGAAGCUUCAUGACGUAUUUGUAGAAUUGCAAAAGUUUGCGGGCAAAUAAUUUGCCUGUCUGGUCACCGCUUAGGUUUACUUAUUCUUUUGAAAAUUGUCUGCAACGCUCAACUGUUUUUUGCAUUUAAAACUGAAAAUUCCAAAAUGUAAAUCUGAACAACCACCUAUAUAUAUAUAUAUAUAUAUCUUUUAUAGUGGCAACCGUGCUCUCUUGUUACAUAU